UGUGAUGUCCGCAUGAAUAGUGUAUAUCCGUGUGUAUUAAUGUGUGGUGUCUUCAUAUGUUGAUCGCGUGUAUGUGAUGUGUUGUCGUCCAGUGUCGUGUGUCAUCUAGCCAGACACGAAAGAAAAUCAAUUUUUCAUCGAAUAGCCACUGGUGGUGAAAAAUGUAUUUGUAUUUCGUACCGGUGCACCUGGAAUUAUAAAUUUUUAGAUUAAUUUCAAAUUCAUUGUGUGAUAGUUAAUUUUUGGAAAAAUUGGUCAAUAACAACAACGAAAUAGGAAGCGUUGGACUUUGUUCCCAUUUUCUUUGCAUGAGUUGGCAUUACUUCCGAAAAUGUCAAAGUAUAAACGAGCAAAAUAAAGAAAAUCAGAAUAAUUUGUUCGUUAAAACUGUGUUGAAUAAUUUAAAAAUGAAUUCUGUGGCAUUGUGGGAUCAUUAUUAUUCUCAGGAAAGAAUUGAUAAAAGAAUUAUUCGAGAUAAUUCGGACAUUAUGUCUCUAAGCGAUAAAAGCUUCAUGCAAAAUUUCCGCCUUAAUAAGCACGCAUUUUUAUAUGUUUUGGACAACAUAAGACCCCAAUUAAAAGUCGCUCAAAGGACCACAUCAAUUCCAGAAAUUGUAAAACUGUCAACAACCUUGAAGUUCCUCGCACAGGGCGGGUAUCAACACUCGGUCGGCCAAGAUAGGCAUUCAGGGCUAGCCCAACAAUCGGUUUCCCGAUGCAUCUUGGAAGUGUGCGAUGCCAUCGAGAAAACUCUGUGCCCAAAGCAUAUCGUGUUUCCCUUGACCAUUGAGGAAAAAAUUGAAGCAAAUAGAACCUUUUACUUGACGUCCGGAAUUCCAGGCGUAAUUGGAGUGAUUGAUGGGACGCACAUCCAGUUGAUACGACCAUCACGGAAUGAACACUUAUUUUUUAAUCGUAAACUAAAACACAGCACAGAACAUUCAUAAAUACAAUAAUAUACAUAUGUAUAUUGAUUCCAGUGCAAUGACCAAAACUUUUUUUAGAUAUGUGAUCACAAAAUGCAGAUAAGGGCAGUAAAUGGUAGAUUUGGAGGAGCGUCGCAUAACUCCCCGAUUGGCUAGCCCAACAAUCGGUUUCCCGAUGCAUCUUGGAAGUGUGCGAUGCCAUCGAGAAAACUCUGUGCCCAAAGCAUAUCGUGUUUCCCUUGACCAUUGAGGAAAAAAUUGAAGCAAAUAGAACCUUUUAUGACGUCCGGAUUCCAGGCACAAUUGGAGUGAUUGAUGGGACGCACA